AUCAUAGAAAAAAUAUAUAAAAUUAAAUUAAAUAACAAAAAAUAAAAAUAAAAGUAAAUGAAAAGAAACUUGACUAGCUUUUGUUUAGCUCUUGCGCUAAUAAAUUUAACUUUGGCUUAAAGUCUUACUGUUCCUUUAAGUGCUAACUAAAACGGAAAGCUUUUCUUCACACUUAAAUAUUCAUAAUAUGGAUUCAAAGAUUGUUAAGUGAAUUUUAUUCCUUCCAUUUCAGAUUGUACUAAUGUAGUGACUUAAACUGCUUAAGAAGCAAAAGAGUGUGGUUCAGUUUACAUCGGCCCUAAUACUUAAGUUUAAGGAGAUGACUAUUUAUCCACUUUUUAGAUUGGAGAUCAAUUAGCUUAGAUAACUUAUACAGCUCCAAAUUAAUAGUCAAGCUUUUACGGUGAAAACGAGCUCUGCUUUAGUAUUUUAAAUGGUAAGUUUGAGUCAAACGCUUUAGACUAGCUCUUUAAAAAGUAAUUGAUUAGUGAAAAAUAAGUUUUCUUUAGCUUAAACGCUUAAUAGAACUUAAACUAACCCAUUCCAGCUGGAAGAAUGGAUAUUGGUGCUCCUGAUACCUCAUUAAUUAAGUAAGGUAGUAAUUUAGUUUACUUAAAGAACUUUGGUCUUCAAAAUAUCUAUUCAGCUCCUGCUAAUAGAGAUUUGAAAUUUGGUGACGUACCUUUAUCUAAUGUUUAAGUUGCAGAAUUCGACAUUGAAUCUCGUUUCCAUAUUUUGUCUAUAUUCACCUUCCCUAGUCUCCUUUAAGCUUUUGAAAGCUAAGGAAUUGAAUACACUUACCAAAACGAUAAUGUUUUCUUACCAUCCAUUGAGAAGCUUCAAGAUAUUACCCUUUCAUUGGUAGACGAAAAUAAUUAACCAUUCAUUGUUAGAUUAUAACCAUCAUAUUAUACUUAACAAUUACCUAAUGGAUAAUACCUAUUGCUAUUUAAAAAGCAAAUACGUAAUGCAGCUAUUAUUUUCGGUAAUGCUAUCUUUGAGUCUUACUACAUUGGUUUCAAUAAAGACAAAUAGUAGAUUAUCAUAGCAGAAAAGGAAUAACAAUAAAAUAGUUCUUAGAUUUGA